AUGCAACUCAACCUGACGCUGAUCUGCUUCGUCUUCGGGGGGUUCCUGCCCGACGCCGCGGCCCGGCGGGAGCAGAUGGACACGGGGCAGUGCGACCUGCCCCGCUCGCAAGGAGAGCUCAACUCCUUCCUCUGGACCAUUCGCCGUGAACCCCCCGCUUAUCUCUUCGGCACCAUCCACGUGCCCUACACGCGAGUUUGGGACUUCAUCCCUGACAACUCCAAGGCCGCCUUCCACGCCAGCUCCAGCGUGUACUUCGAGCUGGACCUGACGGACCCGUACACCAUCUCGGGGCUGGCCAGCUGCCAGAUGCUGCCCCACGGGGAGAACCUGCAGGACGUGCUGCCCCGGGAGCUGUACCGCCGCCUCAAACGCCACCUGGACUACAUCAAGCUGAUGCUGCCCCACUGGAUGACCCCGGACCAGCGGGGCAAAGGGCUCUAUGCCGACUACCUCUUCAACGCCAUCGCCGGGAACUGGGAGCGCAAGAGGCCCGUCUGGGUGAUGCUCAUGGUGAACUCCUUGACGGAGACGGACAUCCGCUCCAGAGGGGUGCCGGUGCUCGAUCUCUACCUCGCCCAGGAGGCCGAGAGGAUGAAGAAGAAGACGGGUGCGGUGGAGCGGGUGGAGGAGCAGUGCCACCCGCUGAAUGGGCUCAACUUCUCCCAGGUGCUGUUUGCUCUAAACCAGACUCUGCUCCAACACGAAAGCCUUCGAGCAGGGAGUUUGCAGGCCCCUUACACCACUGAGGAUCUCAUCAAGCACUACAACUGUGGAGACCUGAAUGCUGUGAUAUUCAACCAUGACACUUCUCAGGUGCCAAACUUCAUCAACACAACACUCCCACCCCACGAGCAGGUGACAGCUCAGGAAAUAGACAGCUACUUCAGACAGGAGCUCAUCUACAAAAGGAAUGAGAGGAUGGGGAGAAGAGUGAUGUCACUUUUAAGGGAGAACAGAGACAAGAGCUUCUUCUUUGCCUUUGGAGCAGGUCACUUCCUGGGUAACAACACUGUGAUUGAUGUACUGAGACAAGCAGGAUUUGAAGUGGAGCACACCCCUCCUGGACAACCAAUUGGAAAUUCAAGAACAACAAAGACAAGCCCAGCCUUGGAGGGACUCUCAGUGACAGCCCUGCCCCCUGUCCAGCUUUCUGAGCAGGUCCCACUGGCAUCUCCCUCCCUGAAGCCACAGCAGAUGGAUGAAGAAGACAGCCUGUCUCCUCACCUCCUGCUGCCCGACAGCAUCAGCCAGCUGGAGGAGUUUGGCAGGCAGAAGAAAUGGCACAAGAAGCAGCACAAGCACCAUCGCCAGAGGCAGUUCAACGACCUCUGGGUUCGGAUAGAAGACAGCACCACCACGUUGCCUUCCUAUAUCAGGAUAACCAAUGGCUACAUCACAGUCAAGCCUCCCAUCUGGAUUUCCAACCAGCUGGAUCAGAGGCCGCGUCCCCAGCGCCCGUCCCAGCCCCAGCCCACGAGCUCAGCCCCAGCCAGCCUCUCCUGGCCGUCAGUAACAGUUCCUCUCUGCAUGGCCAUGGCUUCCUUUCUCCUGAGCCUACUGCAGCCCUCCUGA